ACACAUACUACAACUGAUUAGUAAAAAUGAGAAGUAAUUAGAGAACACACAAGGAAAGAACAACCUGGAAGGAAUUCAGAAGUAACUCCUGAACGCAGUUUACUUACCCUGUUGUUGCCAAAGCUCUUAAGUUACACAUUCUUAUGAACUAGGACUUCAGAGGAGAAUCCUAAAGAGGAAUCAACUUUGUGUGCAAAGCUGAAGAGGUCAUUGUCUUUUCCUCAGACUAUGUCAGAGAGUCACAAUGAACUUGAACAAUAACAGCACAACCUUGCCUUUGUUUCCGAACAUCAGCUCUUCCUGGAUACACAGCCCCUCCGACACAGGGCUGCCCCCAGGGCCAGUCACUCAAUUUGGCAGCUACAAUAUUUCUCGAGCAGCUGGGAAUCUCUCCUCUCUGAAGACCACCAACGAUCCUCUGGGAGGUCACACCAUCUGGCAGGUGGUCUUCAUUGCACUCCUAACUGGCAUCCUGGCCCUGGUGACCAUCAUCGGUAACAUCCUGGUCAUAGUGGCGUUUAAGGUCAACAAGCAACUAAAGACGGUCAAUAACUACUUCCUCUUAAGCCUGGCCUGUGCUGACCUAAUCAUCGGGGUCAUUUCCAUGAAUCUGUUCACCACUUACAUCAUCAUGAACCGAUGGGCUUUAGGGAACUUGGCCUGUGACCUCUGGCUUUCCAUUGACUAUGUGGCCAGCAAUGCCUCUGUGAUGAACCUCCUGGUCAUUAGCUUUGACAGGUACUUUUCUAUCACGAGGCCACUCACAUACCGAGCCAAACGAACAACAAAAAGAGCCGGUGUGAUGAUUGGUCUGGCGUGGGUCAUCUCCUUCAUCCUUUGGGCUCCUGCCAUCUUGUUCUGGCAGUACUUCGUGGGGAAGAGAACUGUACCCUCAGAGGAGUGCUUUAUCCAGUUCCUCAGUGAGCCCACCAUCACCUUCGGCACGGCGAUCGCUGCCUUUUACAUGCCUGUCACCAUCAUGACUAUUUUAUACUGGAGGAUCUAUAAGGAAACUGAAAAGCGUACCAAAGAGCUGGCUGGGCUGCAGGCCUCUGGGACCGAGGCAGAGGCAGAAAACUUUGUCCACCCCACAGGCAGUUCUCGAAGCUGCAGCAGCUAUGAACUUCAACAGCAAAGCGUGAAACGCUCAUCCAGGCGGAAGUAUGGCCGCUGCCACUUCUGGUUCACCACCAAGAGCUGGAAGCCCAGCGCUGAGCAGAUGGACCAAGACCACAGCAGCAGCGACAGUUGGAACAACAAUGAUGCUGCUGCCUCUCUGGAGAACUCAGCGUCCUCCGAUGAGGAGGACAUUGGCUCAGAGACAAGAGCCAUCUACUCCAUUGUGCUCAAGCUUCCAGGCCACAGCACCAUCCUCAACUCUACCAAACUACCCUCGUCAGACAACCUGCAGGUGGCCGAGGAGGAGCUGGGGACGGUGGAUGUGGAGAGCAAUGCCAAUAAGCUGCAGGCCCAGAAGAGCAUGGACGAUGGUGGCAGUUUUCAAAAGAGCUUCUCCAAACUUCCCAUCCAGUUAGAGUCUGCCGUGGACCCAGCCAAGCCUCCUGAUGCCAACUCCACAGUGGGCAAAACCACGGCCACUCUACCUCUGUCCUUCAAGGAAGCCACACUGGCCAAGAGGUUUGCUCUGAAGACCAGAAGUCAAAUCACAAAGCGGAAGAGAAUGUCUCUCAUCAAGGAGAAGAAGGCAGCCCAGACCCUGAGCGCUAUCUUGCUUGCUUUCAUCAUCACCUGGACCCCCUACAACAUCAUGGUCCUGGUGAACACCUUUUGCGACAGCUGCAUACCCAAAACCUAUUGGAAUCUGGGCUACUGGCUGUGCUACAUCAACAGCACCGUGAACCCCGUGUGCUAUGCCCUGUGCAACAAAACAUUCAGAACCACCUUCAAGAUGCUACUGCUGUGUCAGUGUGACAAGAGGAAAAGGCGCAAGCAGCAAUACCAGCAAAGACAAUCGGUCAUUUUCCACAAGCGAGUGCCCGAGCAGGCCUUGUAGAAUGAGAGUUUAUCAAUACCAGUGACAAAACACACACAUCAACCUGCAAACCUUAGGAGAAGUAAGGCUUGGGGUGGGGGGGGGGGCGACUCCUGGUGAUGAUAAAAUGUUUUUAUCACCCAGAGAUGAAUCAAGCUGCCUGUUUACUGAUUCAUUGAAUAAACUAAUUUUAAUAUUAAAAGUCAAAUACCAA